UUCCUUUUCUCUCUCUCAGUAGUGUUUUUUCUUUCACUCUUCUCAAUUAGCCCAGGAUAAGUUCCUUCCCUCUUCCUCUUUCUCUACGAUUUUCAAUCUUCAGGAUAACCCAACAACCACUUUGUUUUUGAUUCUGUAAAUUGAAUCCCGCAUAUCCUCAAACUCUCUCUCUUCUUUGGUUCACGUUUGUUUCUCUAAGAUGGAUCCUAACGAAAUUGAUAAAUGCAAGCAAUCAGUUUCGGAUGAUCACGAUGACUGGGAAUCUUGCAAGAAAGAGAAGAUGAAGAGAUCUCAUAUUGGGUGUAGCAAAGCUGAAGCUGAACCCAUGACUGAUGAAGCAAUUGCAGUGAAAAUCGCAUCGCCAACAAUGCGCGAGUGUGAUAUUUGCGGCAAGAUUUUCAGCAGCGGCAAGGCUUUGGGUGGCCACAGAAGAUCCCACUUUCAGAAGCACCAAAAGAAGGUAAAAGUCCGUUUCACUAAUCCCUCAAAAGCUGGUGAUAGUAGCAACACUAGGGCUAAUUGUGAUGAUGAUGACGACGACACCAACGAUGACAAGAACAUUUGUUGUAUUUGCAAGAAGGAAUUCCCUACCAAGAAUGCCUUGUUUGGGCACAUGAGAUCUCACCCUGAGAGGUCAUGGAGAGGUGUGUCCCCUCCUACUCAUAACAAGCACUCAUCUUCUUCAUCUCCAUCUUAUUCUUAUUCUUCCCAUAAUUCUGAUUCUAUGGAGAAAACUAUGAAAGAUCAUGAUUAUGACGAUGGUGAUGGUAAUGGAGAUGGUGAUGAUUGUGUUGGUGGUGGUAAUACAUUGAUUGCCCCAGAUGAACAUGAUCACACUGAAGCCAUUGAUCUUUCAAGCUUUAUUUUAUCCACAUGGCAAAAGAAAGAUAAAAGAGGGAGAAAAUGUAUUGGUGGUAUUGAAGCUGCUGAAACCCUUGUCUACCUUUGCACUCAUGCUAGGUACUUUAGUGCUGAUCAUGAGUCCAAUAGGGUUAAUGUUGCACCUAAGGAAGACGUGCUGCCAAAGAGUGCUCCACCUCUAACCAAGCAUGACAAAAGGAAGGUUGAUGAAUCUUCAUCAAGCAAGAAGGCUGAGGUGAAGAGGAUAAAGCUUUUACUGAAGGUGGGGAACAGAAGUGAUGGAGCUGGUGCAUGUGGUGAUGAUGGUGGUGGUAAGCUCAACAGGUGCGAGGGUUUAUCUGAAUCUGGGGUUGAGAGAAUGGUGGAUGAUGAUGUGGAUGAGGCUCUUGAUGAUGUGAUGAAUGAUGCUGAGGUAACUCCUGUGACUGUGACUACUAGGGUGCAAGAUCAUGAUGAAAGGAAUAAUAAUAAGGUGAAAAAGGUGGAGAAAGGGAAGAGUGGUAAGAAAUUGGUGCUGAAAUCAAAGGGAAAAGACCAUGAAUAUGAGAAUGUGGGAAGUCAAGAGAAAGUGGGUGGAUAUAAAUGUGGGGCAUGUGGGAAAGUUUUCUCAACUUUCCAAGGUUUAGGGGGACACAGAUCAGUGCAUAAGGAGAAAAACAUUGUACCAAUCAUAGAUGAGCCAAACCAACCAGAUGAUGCUGUUGUAGCUGAAGAAAACAAUUCUAGCACCUCAAGUAAUGUGCACAAGAUGGAUGAGGCAUUGUUGAAGGAAGAAACAAUAGCAGCAGAUGAGGCAGGUCAAUCUUCAGGUACCAAAACAUUGGACUUCGACCUCAAUGAGCCCUAUGUUAUGGAGGAUUAAGCAGUUUGUGUAGUUCUCCAUUUUGCUACAUUAGAUAUGUUUUAUGUUAAUCUUGCAGUUUUAUUAUUAUUAACUUCAACAG